CAGCUCUAGCAGGGAUCUGCGUGACCUGGGGGCACCGCCCGCGCUCCCAGCCGUGCCUUUGCUCUGAGCCCCGCUGGUACCCAGGCUGUGUCGGCUCCUGAGCCUUUCCGAGUUGCAGAUGCUGCGGGCGCCUCCUGAGGAAGAUCCAGUCGGCGCGGGAGCGCUCUCUCGACCUUCCGCGCGGGCGUGGUCACUAUCCGUGAGUCUCAAAGCAGGGUAGUCACUGCCACCAGGGUCGGCCCACGCACGAUCACUGAAAAGCUCCAUCCACCCGCGGUGCCCAAGCCCCAGGGAAAGGGCAGAGCGACUAGCCAGCGGCUUCGCGGCUUCGAGGUCACCCGCUGGCAUCCAGAGGCUGGCGGCUAGAGGUUUGGAAAGAUAGAGCUGUUCUAGCGGCCUUCUAGCGGCCGGUGUGCAACCGGGGACUCCCCUUUGAGUCUGGCUUUCCUGGAAGAGUCCUGCACAAGUGCGAUUCAUUUGAGGUGGCCAGGAGGCUGGGAAGGAGCUGGAGAAGAAAGCUGAGGGCCUGCGGGACUUCUAACCUGGCUCUGGCCAGGACUGCCUGGAUGGAGCCGGAUUUUGCAUUUCUGUGCACCCCAACCCCCAAUCAAAUUAAAUCAAGAAACAGAAAGCACGGCAUCCCCCUGGAAGCGGCAUCUUCUUUUACUUUGCUCUCCCUCUCUUCCCGAGGAUGCUAAACUACUGGUGGACUGCAGAGGAGAAGAGUCCUGUCUUCUCCUGAUGUGUUUGCCUGUAGGUACCUGAGCUGACAUCGAAGGUGCCUAAAGAUGCUGAGCGGCAUUUGGUUCCUCAGUGUGUUUACCGUGGCCGGGAUCAUACAGACCGAGAGUCGUAAAACUGCCAAAGACAUCUGCAAGAUCCGCUGCCUGUGCGAAGAAAAGGAAAACGUACUGAAUAUUAACUGUGAAAACAAAGGAUUUACAACUGUCAGUUUGCUUCAACCUCCCCAGUAUCGAAUCUAUCAGCUGUUUCUCAAUGGAAACCUCUUGACAAGACUGUACCCAAACGAAUUUGUUAAUUACUCCAAUGCAGUGACUCUUCAUUUAGGCAACAACGGGUUGCAGGAGAUUCGACCUGGGGCAUUUAAUGGUCUGAAAACCCUCAAGAGACUACACCUCAAUAACAACAAACUGGAGGUAUUGAGGGAGGACACUUUCCUGGGCCUAGAGAGCUUGGAAUACCUCCAAGCUGAUUACAAUUACAUCAGCACCAUCGAGGCAGGAGCAUUCAGUAAACUGAAUAAACUCAAAGUGCUCAUCUUGAAUGACAACCUUUUGUUGUCCCUGCCCAGUAAUGUAUUUCGCUUUGUACUACUGACUCACUUAGACCUGAGGGGAAACAGGUUGAAAGUAAUGCCUUUUGCUGGUGUCCUUGAACAUAUUGGAGGGAUCAUGGAAAUUCAGCUGGAGGAAAACCCAUGGAAUUGCACCUGUGACUUGCUUCCUCUCAAGGCUUGGCUGGACACAAUUACUGUUUUUGUGGGGGAGAUUGUCUGUGAAACGCCUUUCAGGUUGCAUGGGAAAGAUGUGACCCAACUGACUAGGCAAGACCUUUGUCCCAGAAAAAGUGCCAGUGGUGAUUCUAGUCAGAGAAGCAGCCACUCAGACACCCAAGUCCAAAGGCUGUCCCCUACAGUGAAUCCUGCUCUCAACCCAACCAGGGCCCCCAAAGCCAGUAGGCCACCUAAAAUGAGAAAUCGUCCAACGCCCCGAGUGACUGUGUCAAAGGACAGGCAGAGCUUUGGUCCCAUCAUGGUAUACCAGACCAAGUCCCCUGUGGCCCUCACUUGUCCCAGCAGCUGUGUCUGUACCUCUCAGAGCUCAGACAACGGUCUUAACGUUAACUGCCAAGAAAGGAAAUUCACCAACAUCUCUGAUCUGCAGCCCAAACCUACCAGUCCAAAGAAACUUUACCUAACAGGGAACUAUCUCCAAACGGUCUAUAAAAAUGACCUCUUAGAAUACAGUUCGUUGGAUCUGUUGCACUUAGGAAACAACAGGAUUGCAGUCAUUCAGGAAGGUGCCUUUACAAACCUGACCAGUUUACGCAGACUUUAUCUAAACGGAAAUUACCUUGAAGUUCUGUAUCCUUCUAUGUUUGAUGGACUGCAGAGCUUGCAGUAUCUCUAUUUAGAGUAUAAUGUCAUUAAGGAAAUUAAGCCCCUGACCUUUGAUGCUUUGAUUAACCUACAGCUUCUGUUUCUGAAUAACAAUCUACUUCGGUCAUUACCCGAUAAUAUAUUUGGGGGCACAGCCCUCACCAGGCUGAACCUGAGAAACAAUCAUUUUUCACACCUGCCUGUGAAAGGGGUUCUGGACCAGCUUCCUGCUUUUAUCCAGAUAGAUCUGCAAGAAAACCCAUGGGACUGUACCUGUGACAUCAUGGGGCUAAAGGACUGGACCGAGCAUGCCAAUUCUCCUGUCAUCAUCAAUGAGGUGACUUGUGAGUCUCCUGCUAAGCAUGCAGGGGAGAUACUGAAAUUCCUGGGAAGGGAGGUUAUCUGUCCAGAUAAUCCUAACUUGUCGGAUGGGACUAUUUUAACAGUGAAUCACAACACAGACACACCUAGGUCACUUAGUGUGUCUCCUAGUUCCUAUCCUGAGCUACACACUGAAGUUCCACUUUCUGUCUUAAUUUUAGGGUUACUUGUUGUUUUUAUCCUUUCUGUCUGCUUUGGGGCGGGGUUGUUUGUCUUUGUCCUGAAACGCCGAAAGGGAGUGCCAAGUGUUCCUAGGAGUGCCAACAACUUAGACGUAAGUUCCUUCCAGUUGCAGUAUGGGUCAUACAACACUGAAACUAAUGAUAAGGUUGAUAGCCAUGUCUAUAACUACAUCCCCCCACCUGUGGGUCAGAUGUGUCAAAACCCCAUUUACAUGCAGAAGGAAGGAGACCCAGUGGCCUAUUACCGAAACCUACAAGAGUUCAGCUAUGGCAACCUGGAGGAGAAGAAAGAAGAGCCAGCUACACUUGCUUACACAAUAAGUGCCACCGAGUUGCUGGAAAAGCAGGCCACGCCGAGAGAGCAUGAGCUGCUGUAUCAGAAUAUCUCUGAGAGAGUCAAGGAACUCCCCAGUGCAGGCCUAGUUCACUAUAACUUUUGUACCUUACCCAAGAGGCAGUUCACCCCUUCAUAUGAAUCUCGACGCCAAAACCAAGACAGAAUCAAUAAAACCGUUUUAUAUGGGACUCCCAGGAAAUGCUUUGUGGGGCAGUCAAAGCCAGACCACCCUUUACUGCAAGCUAAGCCGCAAUCAGAACCAGACUACCUCGAAGUUCUGGAAAAACAAACUGCAAUCAGUCAGCUGUGAAGGGAAAUCAUUUACAACCCUAUGGCAUCAAAGGAUGUUGCUCCAAACCCUUGGAAGCUUUUGUGUCUGUGUUCUCUCUUUUCCAGUGCUAAUGGGAGACUGAAAGUGUUUGAGAGAUGGGAUGAAGCAAAGAUACUGCUCUUGCAAGUUUUCCUUUAAAUUAUUUCUUUCUGGCUCUCCCAGCCCCCCCCUUUCCCCCUUCUCUUCUUAGGAACCAUCAGUGAACAUGAAUGUUUCUACAAUGCAUUUUUCAUAUAUUUUGGUUAUGGUUUUGUUUCUGUUUUCUUUUUUUUCCAGUGUGGGAGUGGAAAGAAAUGAUAGUGAAUGACGGAAAAGUAGGCAAACUUUUCAAAUAAGAAUAUUUUAUAGAAGAUCUCCAAAAAUCUUUGGGGACUACAACUUCUUUUGUAAAUAAUGACAUAUGGUAUUACCAUCUUCAGUUACCAAGUAUAGCCACUGGGCAUCACUUCUUUGUGUUAAAGUGCCUUUGCACUUUAAGUACAUUACUUAAGUGUUGCUUUUAGCUUUGAUAAAUUGAAAAUAUUUUAAUGUGCUGUAUUUUUAAAACUGAGAUCAAUGUAAAAUAGAUGUAUAUGUCAGCUGUAUUAAGUCAACGUACAGUUUGCUUGAGUUAUAGAAACCAGCCUGUCAUCAAAUGAUUCUAGUUUAGGACUUUAUAGACUUAAAUGUAAAAUAUUUCCUUUCUUCUGGGUUUGUUUUAAGUGAUUUUAUUUAAGCCAAGUAAGGGGAUUUAACAGUGAACUAGAGGUAAAAAGCCACCUCCAUUGGGAUUAGUAAUUAAUUAAUAAAAUCUAUUUAAUCCAGUAUCAGAGUGAAUCGAACAAUUAAUGCCCUUCCGUAAAUAAUUAUUUUACACUAACAUGGUCAGUGUUUUAGAUUAUUUUCCUAAUUAAAGUACAUUACACAACUUGUAAUAUAUUUUGUCUGCAUUAAAUAAUUAGAUAUUUUUAUAUAUUUAAAUGAAAGAGUCUGUAUUUCUAACUUUUUAAUUGAAAUUAAUAUUUUUUCUGCCUAUUGAAACAUUUUCUAUAAACACACACCAGUAGAGGCCGCCACACACCUCACUGAACCAAGACAUAAGAGCCAUUAAAUACCUUGAAGGAAAACUUCAAAGGUGAAACUAAAAUUUCCCACACAUGUCCUCUGCAAAUUCAAGGUGGCAGAGGUAAAAUUAUAUAGGUUACUUCUAUUUCUUUGGGGAUCAAAAGUUAGACACAGAAUUCUUCUAAAUUUUCACGUUUUAUGACCAAACAUUUGCCUCCUGAUUUUAACAAAGCAUUAAUGAGGUGCUACAAAAUCAUGUACUAUUUGCAUCUCCAGAUCCAUUAACAGUUAUCUAAACCACAACAGUAAGCAUCUUUUACCCUCUGCCUUCUUUGGGCAUGUACUACUUGAAAAAUUUCUUGUCGGCUUGAGCCAGCUUUUUAUUUUGGUCUGAGCAUUCUAAUUAUUUUAACUAACCAAGUCUAUAUAACAUUUAUGAAGCCUUAUUAGCUUGUAAAUAACUUUUAGAUGCAAACAUUAUUGUAUGAUUUAAACAAACAGCCCUUCUUUACAACAAAAAUAGUUUUGUUUUGUCUAUUGUAAAUCCUUAUGCAACUGGGGUGGUGAUCUGCAUAUAAAGUAGUUCAGCUUUUCAAUUCCUUAUUAAAGCAAGUGAUGGUGUCUGAAAGAAGCACACUGUUUCCUUUUCAUAAAUAGGUUACUGCACAUAAUAAUCCUUUUAUUAUCAUGUGGAGAUUGAAGUGGAUCCUGAUAACUUACUUUUAAAGCUUUAAAAUGACUAAUAGUACAUUGCCACUAUUAACAAUUUAUGCUACAGGCUUUCAAAUAGAAAUGACUUAAAUUCAAAUUCUUUGGAUUAAUACUUACUGGUGCAAAAUAGAUUUUUAAACAAUAAAAGAUAACUACGUGCAUAUGUAAAAGCAAAGGAUGCUCGGGAAAAAUGAUUUUAACAAUCUAAAAUCUGUGACCACAGUCCCCAAUGCACAGGUUCAUUUUUUGCUUAAAAACCAUAAUUGCUAUUUAAAUACAUUAGAUGAAAUUUGAAAAUGGUGGCUCAAAGUGAUCUACCCAUAUGUUCAUAUUUUAAAAUUUUGCAUUUCACAGAAACAGAGCUCGAGUACUGAACUAUGUGAACUUGGAGAUGAUAGCUCCUGGGAACCAUUUCAUCUUCGAAUGACAUAUUUAUAUAUAAAAAAAGCGUUUUUUAAGUCCUCUUAUAACUGCUUUCAUUUGGUACAAUAAUACAUACAGAAUACAAGAGGUAGGUGUUUGCAGAAGUCAUUAUGAAGGCACACUAGUACAUAUCUUAUUAAGACAGUUUUUAGACUAUAUGACAAGAUCUAUUAAUGAAGCAAUUCUGCUUCAGUGUUUGUUUUUAUACUCCAGAAAAUAAAAAUGCCAGUAAAGAAAGUAAAAUUGCCAUAACAAAAUUAAUUCAUUAAUCUUAAUUAAAUAUACUUUAAUAUUCAUUCACUUCCACAAUACUUAAAGAGGCCUCCUGGAAGAACUCAAAUCCAUAAACAGUUUGCUUAAUAAUUACUAUUUAAUUCUAUAUUCUCAUGCUUCUUUGAUUUGUUCUUCAGUUACAUUGGAUUUUAAGAUCUGAGUGUAGUCUGAUUAUUUCGCUUAAAAGUAUAAUAGCACAACUUGGAUGUUAAAUCUUUGCUGUCAAAUGCAAGCAUAAGCACUUCAAGUUUUAUUAAUUUAUUAGCAUCCCACUGGCUAUAUUCUCUUUUUCUUUAUUUGCUUAAAUGCUUUCAAAUCUAUUUUAUUUGUAGAUUUUUAUUUUUAUCUCCUCCAGUUGGAUUUUGUCAUUUUCCUUUUAUUUUACAAGGAGCUCAUAAUGGGUGCGAGCCUAGCCAAAAAUGGUUCCAGGCAAGGGACUGUUGUUCCUUGGGCCUUCCCUGGAACAAACCAGAUGUCUGGACCUACAAAUGGCCAGUGGCAAUUCCCUUAUACUCUAGUUCUUAAUUAGUUUCUCUCAUGGGUUCUGCUUAAACCAGUGGCUAAAUUUGUAUCAAAAUCCUCAAAAAUACUACUUCUCAGAUUUGACACCAUUGCCAAGAAUCUAAUUUGGUGUGGACUUUGGUCAACCUGUGUGCCUUGUUCCUUCUGGCAUUUGGUGAGUAAGAGAAAGACCCUGAAAUUUCUAAAUAAUUCCAUGUUAUAAAGGGCUUAAUAUUUUAUGGAGCAAGAGAGAGGUUCUAUUAUUUCUCAAACCCUGAAAAUUCAUUAUGAUCAUACACACUCCAGAAACAAACUGGAUUGAAUGCUAAAGAAAGCCUUCCAGACUGUCUCCUAGUCAAUCUGUUCCUCAUUCAUUCAUUCAUUCAUGCAUUCACUCAUUUAAUAUUUCCUAAGUGCUUUCUUCCUAGGUUCCUGUCUCUGUAGUCUGCUGAAGGACACUGAGAUACAGACAAGAUCUCUAGUGUCCUCACUGCAAGCCCUCAAUGUUAACUCCUAACUUUACUAACUCCCCUUCCUCUAUAGACCUCUGAGAGUUUCGAAGGAGCUUAGUGCAAAUAAAGGAGAGCUCUACCUGAAUGCAAAUCACCCCAAGUAAGCAAUGGAGACAGUAAUGCAAUGCAUGAGGUUGAGUUUUGAAAUUCUGUGCAGUAAGAAAAAAAAAGAACUGAUAAAUAAUAAAUAGACUGGCUGCAAUUUAAUCACUGUUAACCUGUCUUUGGAGUUACAUAGAAAAAAGGAAAAAAAAAUUAUCACCAAAAUGAAAUAAAUGUCAGCAGAAUUAGGCCCAACAUUAUGGCCUGAUGAUAGCUAUAUAUUGUGAUAUCUAGAUUUACUUUGUAAAGUUGAGUACCAAAAUUGUAAAUAUAAAAACCAUUGAUGUACUUAAAUUUUCUGGAAUAUUCAUGUUUAGAGGCAAUAUUUACUUUAUAUUUUAGUGGCUUCAAUGCUAAUCUUUUGACUCACAUGUCUUUUAUCAAUAUAAUGAUAAGACAUUUGUGAGAGAGAAAAUUAAGUACUGUGUAUAAGUCUACCUUGCUUCUCACAAUGGUUGUGCAAAAAAAUCACAUAUGAAUUUAACUUUUAUAAAUCAAAUUGUACUUUAAGUGCAUUAAGGGAGCUGUCAUUUAGAGGAAACUUGUAAAUCCCUUUGUGAAGAAGAAAACCAUUUUAUACUACAAGUAAUCACUCUCUGUUUCAUAUGUUUGGAUUUUCAAUAUUAACUUUAUUUGAAACAGAGCCCACAUGCAUAAUAAGAAUGUUUUGCCAAUGUUGGUUGCUAAGGGCUUUUACUAGAAAGUCUGCUAUAGUUUUAUGUGAACUGAGCUAUCUAUGAUCUUACGAUGGCACAAUAGGAUUCGUGAACAUCUCUAAUAGCAAGCCCAUUUAAAUUCAACUGAACACAGGACUCUUGCUCAGCAGCACCUCCGCUCCCAAAUAUGACCAUGUCUCCUUAGAGGGUAUAGUGACUCCUGUAUUCACGUUCUAUAAAGUGCAUAGAGUCACAGGUUUUAUAAAAAUGUUAUUAUGUAAAAAUACUGAAUUGCAUGUGUGUUGGAAUUUUUAGCAGUAUUUUAGCUUGAAAGUAUGUGUAAAAAUGCUGUUAGACCUAGUUGCUAAUAAUUGUUCUGAAGUUAUUGGAAUAAAUGGCAAAUGAAACAAGUUCUCAUGUAAAUAGACUUCUGUGCCAAAUAGUAACACUGUUUAAGAAAAUACAUGACAUAUUUUGGGCUGUUAAUAGGCAAGAUGAAAUAUUGAAAAUGUGAUAAAAUGAUAUUGUAUUUUAUUGGAUAAACUGUUUACAUAGUUAUUUUAUGAUGUAGUUAGCUUUCAGUUAUUAAAUAAAUAUU